AUGAGGCCUGCUCGUCUGGUUCUUCGUCCCUUUGCGGUGCCGCUGGCUCGGCCCAGCUAUGGCCGACAUGUCAAUCCCCGGCUGAUCUCUACCGUCAGCUCUCGUGCAUCCGCUGCUGCUGCCGCCGCCGUAGCCCAACCGCAAGAGCAGUUACCCGAUCAUCUGCCUCCUUUUCCCGCCGCCGGGCCGCACCCCAUCGCCGUCCCCACGAGGAGUCGCGAAUCGUCCCCGGCCGAUGCCGCCCGUACUCUCCGUGACGCCGUCUCCGCUCUUCAGCCGAGGAAUGACUGGACCAGGGAGGAGAUAACGGCGAUCUACGACCAUCCCCUGAUGGACUUGGUGCACCAAGCUAGCCUAGUCCAUCGCCGCUUUCACAAGCCAUCCGAAGUCCAGCUCUGCACGCUCAUGAACAUCAAGACCGGCGGCUGCACCGAGGACUGCGCGUACUGCGCGCAGGCGACGCGAUACCAGAAGGGCACGGGCCUGCAGGCGAAGAAGGUCGAGACGGUCGAGACGGUGUUAGCAGCGGCGCGGGCGGCCAAGGAGAACGGCAGCACGCGCUUCUGCAUGGGCGCCGCGUGGCGGGACAUGCGGGGGCGCCGGACGAGCCUGCGCAACAUCGCCGACAUGAUCCGCGGGGUGCGCGCCCUCGGCAUGGAGGCCUGCGUCACGCUCGGCAUGAUCGACGGCGCCCAGGCCCGCGAGCUCCGUGACGCCGGCCUCACCGCCUACAACCACAACGUCGACACGAGCCGUGAGUUCUACCCCUCCGUGAUCUCCACCCGCACCUACGACGAGCGCCUCCAGACCCUCGCCCACGUCCGCGACGCCGGCAUCCACGUCUGCUCCGGCGGCAUCGUCGGCCUCGGCGAGACCGCGACCGACCGCGUCGGCCUCCUGCACACCGUCUCGACCCUGCCCGCGCAUCCCGAGAGCUUCCCCGUCAACGCCCUCGUGCCCAUCAAGGGGACCCCUCUCGGCGACCGGGAGCCGAUCGACUUCACGAGCAUGCUUCGGACGAUCGCCACCGCCCGCAUCAUCAUGCCCGCCACCAUUGUACGGAUCGCGGCCGGCCGGAAGACUAUGUCUGAGGAGAAGCAGGCCCUGUGCUUCAUGGCCGGCGCCAACGCCAUCUUCACCGGCGAGAAGAUGCUGACGACGGAGUGCAACGGCUGGGACGAGGACAAGGACAUGUUCGACCGCUGGGGGCUGGAGCCCAUGAGGAGUUUCGACAAGUCUCCGCCCCCUAACGAGCUGAGCUAG